AUGGCCGCGUCCGCCCUCUCCAUCUGCUCCAGCGACCUGAGCUACGACAGCCGCGUCUGCCUGCCCCGUUCCAGUGACUCUUGCACCGACUCCUCCUGGCAGGUGGACGACUGUCCAGAGAGCUGCUGUGAGCCCUCCUGCUGCUCCACCAGCUGCUGCCAGCCCACCUGCUGUACCCUCAUCUGCACCCCAGUGAGCUGCAUGUCUAGCCAGUGCUGCCAGGUGACCUGUGGGGCCAGCCCCUGCCAAUCAGCCUGUACCAGCUCCUGCACACCCUCAUGCUGCCAGCAGUCUAGCUGCCAGCCCUCCUGCUGCACCUCCUCCCCCUGCCAGCCGGCCUGCUGUGUGCCCGCCUGCUGCACACCCAUCUGCUGCAAGCCCCUGUGCUGUGUGCCCAUCUGCUCUGGGGCCACCCCUUGCCCAGCCUCCUCCUGCUGUGAGCCCUCCUGCUGCUCCACCAGCUGCUGCCAGCCCACCUGCUGUGUCCCCAGCUGCUGCCAGCCCACCUGCUGUGUCCCCAGCUGCUGCCAGUCCACCUGCUGUGUCCCCAGCUGCUGUGCCCCAGCCCCCUGCCUGACCCUUGUCUGCACCCCAGUGAGCUGCGUGUCCAGCCCCUGCUGCCAGGUGACCUGUGGAUCCAGCCCUUGCCAAUCAGCCUGCACCAGCUCCUGCACACCCUCAUGCUGCCAGCAGUCUAGCUGCCAGCCCUCCUGCUGCACCUCCUCCCCCUGCCAGCCGGCCUGCUGUGUGCCCGCCUGCUGCACACCCGUCUGCUGCAAGCCCCUGUGCUGUGUGCCCGUCUGCUCUGGGGCCUCCUCCUGCUGCCAGCCCACCCCCUGCACCUCCUCCUGCUUCAGACCCUCCUCCUGCGUGUCCCUCAUCUGCCGCCCCGUGUGCAGGCCUGCCUGCUGCGUGCCCGCCUCCUCCUGCUGUGGCCCUGCCUCCUCCUGCCAGCCCAGCUGCUGCCGCCCGUCCUCCUGCAUGUCCCUGCUCUGCCGCCCCGUGUGCUCCCGCCCGGCCUGCUGCUGA